AUGACGGAGCCUAGUGAAAUCAGCACCGGAAGGUCGACAGAACCCUCGUGGCUGAGUCGUCGCGCCUCAAACGAGGAGUCUAGUGAAGGAUCCUCUCUUCCCUCCGCUACUAGCUCUCACAGUGAUAGUAAUGAAGGUACGGGGAGUGUUACUGGAGGUGGGGGGCGUGCCUCUAGCCCGGCUAGACGAUUAGGGUCGUAUGAUGACGAUGAUGAGGAGGAGGAGGACGGCUCGUCGUUCGAUCAACGCUCUUCUUCGGGGAGUGCAAGGCCGUCUUCUAGGACAAACGUUUUGGCCACCGAGGGCAGUGUGUUGAGAGAUGACUUCCUCAAACGCGUCCAAUGGUAUCAAUUUGGGGAAGAGAUCGGGAUGUCUGUACGUGAUUCUGCCCUCAUCGAUGAUCCGUCGGGAUCAGAAGAAGAUACACUAUCGAGAGAGGAGCUGUGGGCAGUAGCGGAGAGUUGGGCGAGAAGCGUCAAAAGCAAAGAUGACUCGUCUGUCAAAUUUGGUACCGAUCAGUUGGGAGUGAGCGUGAGCAAUGUGAAUGAGGAUGUGUUGGCGGCGGCGACGUAUAGGGUGUUGGUGGAUUGGGAGAUGCAGGAAGGUGGGGGCAUCUUGUUGGAGACGAUGGAGGAGGGCGGGGGUGGGGGGACGAAGUUUAGGGCAAAGGGGAAGAGUUGGGAGUUGAUCAGUGGGGCGUCGGGGGCGUCGUUGUCGACGUCAUCUACAGUGUGGUAG